AUGUCGACGCUCGAUGAGCAGGUCGUCGCCAACGGCGGUCAGCCGAGAGCUGACGCCGAUGCAGCAGCAGCCCCGCCAGACAGUCAAAUUCUGACGGGGAAACAAGAACACUACCUCAAGCGUGAGCUCAUCUCUCGCCAAGUUCGCGGCGAAAUAUCCGAACUCAACUCACCCACCGCGCUUCAACGCUUUGGUGCCCCAUUCCGAUCCGACUUUGGCGAAGUCGCUCCAGUUGACUCGGAGCUACCGAUCCUGCGAUACAUCUUUGUGCAUCAUGUUCGCAAUUUUCCCUUCCUCGACAAGGCGCAAGAGAAGCAAUUCUGGCAGGACAAGUUACAAGUGUUCCUUGAGUCCUUCGCCAACAAGCAUGUAUCGUCAUCGGAAGAUCGUCUGGAGGAGACGAAGCGCCGGAAGCUCGCUCGUAAGAGUGAGAAAUUGGUGGAGCUGAUGAUGGUGUCGGGUGUGCCGACCGCCUCUGGAUACGAAGAACGCAUCUCAUUCUCAGAGAUGGAGGUGGUGGACCGCGGUGCGAAUGAGAACGGAAUUCUGGUCAACAUGCCCGAAGGCCAUGCCAUCAACGGCUGGGACGUCAAUGUGGCAGCGGUCCGGGUCACCUCGAUCAAGCGAACAGUCCGCUAUCACCCUCAUGCGGUAAGCAUCUCUACUUGGCCUGGAAAGCCCGGUUUGGCCGUUGCGAAGAAGCAUGCUAAUGGUCUUCCGUCUGUCCCACAGGAAUUCAUCCUCCGCGUAUGUCAAGAUGGAAAGCAGGAGGUUCACGUGGGUCGGAGAUACGGUGAAUUCGUUAGGCUUCAUCGCAGACUGCGCACAGAGUUCCCUGGGAAGUAUCUGCCCCCGUUGCCCCGCAAAAACAAAUCAUCUACUACGUCUAGUUGGUUUGGUACGGGGGACGAUGACAACGAGUCUAUAUCCUCACAGUCAACGCAAGGCAACGGCUCUGAAGAAGCAAUCCAGGUUUCAAAAUCGUCUCUUGCGGCAGAUACGGUUCGCCGCUCCCUUUCCAAAAGCUCGCUGCGAUCUUCCAGAUCUCCGCGGGCUUCCACUGACGUGGUGUCCCGAGAGACGGUGCUAUAUCGCGAAGAGCAGCGUGUCUCACUCCGCGCAUUCUUGCGAACCCUAUUGCAGAACAAGCGCAUCGCCGAAUCCAAGGCGCUUGGAGAGUUCUUGACUGCCAAGCCGAUCACACUGAACGAGGAAGAAAUGAUCGAUGUCAGGAAGCGGAAGGACAUGGACGCUGUCCGGAUUGAGGAGCAGAGGAAAUUCUACGAAAUCGCCAGGCAGCGUGCUGCGGAGUUGGAUGUUUACAUGGAGCAAUUCCGGAGGGAUAUUGUCGAGAGCAAUGGUCUGACCAAGUUGUUUGCCGAGAUUCGGGAGAAACCGUGCAUUGCGGAGCUGAGCCCUCAAUAUCAGAAAUUCGCCGAAUGGCUUCGAAUUGAGGUUGCGGCGACGGUAUACCAUGUGUUCCUUGCCGAGGAUAAUUCGCCAGAAAUGUUCGCCCAGUUCAAGCGAAUUCACGGACUUGUCCCUUAUACACUAAUGAAGAAUGUGAUUCGGAUCGCCAACCCGGCUGCCGUCAUGUCCAGCGUACUGGACAUUUUCCUCGCACAGCCCUUUGGAUCGCGAUCGCUCUUGCAGCGCAUUUUCUCCAUGACGCUGAAUGAAGGUAUCAAGGAUUUCCAGAAGUCGAUUGGACCAUUGGCUGCGAAAAUUAACGAUCCCAUCUUGACUGGGAAGUUAAAGAACUUUGUUGAAGCGGACGAGGCUGUGAAGAACAUCAUUCGCGAAGAGGCCGAGGACGAAGCUGUCGACACGGUGGUCGCGAUUCUACGUUCCGAACUGAUUGAGCCCCCGCUUACGGCGGAGCAAAUUGGCCGGGUUUUCAACAGCUGGGUGGCGUGGAACCACGCCGUUGACAACGUCGACCUUGAGAUGCAGCAGGGAGCUCAGUGGUUCGCUAAUAUGAAGCAGCUGCUGAAGCUUUACACCCGUCAGCGCGACAAGGCGAUGAUGCUCAGCAUUGUGGAAGAACCCGUCACGCUCCAGCUCUUCCGUGAUCUUUUCACUAUCUUCUAUGAGCCUUUAGUUCGCGUCUAUAAGUCGGCCAACGUGUACAGCAGUAUCACCGACUUUGCACAAUUCGCUGAAGACGCCAUCUCUGUUAUCGAAGCUGCCCAGCGUCAAGAUGCUUCGGCCGAUCCGAACCAAACAGUUCAGUCAUUCAUUGAUCUGUGCGCUCGCCACGAGGACAACUUUUACAAGUUCAUCCACGAGGUACACUUGCACGACAAUGGUCUGUUCCAGUCGCUGAUGGCUUGGAUUGAGGAGAUUCUGGAGUUCCUGCGCAAGGGUCCGCGCGGUGGGAAGAUGGACAUGAACGCACUCUUCCAAGGCGCUGUUGGCGUUGGUCAGGUCAACAGAGAUGUUGCCUUGCAAGAGAUCAACGCCCUCAUUAAAUGGCAGGAGGAUCGCAAGAGAUGGCACUUGAACAAGACACGGCAGAAGAUGGCGGCCGAAGGAACCGGCGCCGACACUCUUCCGGGAACACAUGCUUUCCAUAGUCUCGAUUUCGGUCUCGACGAGGCGGAUCUUGAAGACCUGACCAUCUCCGACGAGGCAUCGGAUUCGGAAGAUGAAAACGAACAAGAUGAUGAUGACGACCCGAUUGCUGUCGAGCGUCGUCGUCGCGUCAAGAAGCAAGACCAGCUCCGUCGUACUGCCGGCGAACCCUUAAAGCCGGAAGUGAAAGAGAUUCCAAAAUUGAUGGAUUCAUUCGUGGUCAUGCUUCGUCAUGUGCUCGCUGAUUAG